UGUCUAAACAGUCUAAAAAGCACUGAGAGAGUUGUUAGGUUUUUACGUCACUGCUUCUGUGAAAUAGUGUGAUUUAUAUUAAAGUUCAUACAAUAUUUUGCAUUUUAACAACCAGAAGCAGUGUCCGUAACCAAGAACUAUUCCGAAUUUCCACCUUUACACUAUUUGAUUUACCAUCGAUAUCUGCUUUAAACAAAAUCGAAAUGAGUCUCUCAGUUGUGAAGAGCGUAUUCCGCAAUCACCCAAUAGUGAAAGGCAUGGUAACGUACAGUAUUUUAUGGCCAACGGGCAGCAUCAUUCAGCAAACAAUGGACGGGAAAAACUGGCGCACAUACAACUACCGCCAGAGUUUGAACUUUGCAAUAUUUGGAACAUUUUUCGUGGCUCCCUCAUUGUACGGAUGGGUAAAACUUUCCAGCCAAAUGUGGCCCUCAAUGAAUCUUAAAUCGGGAAUUACCAAAGCAAUUGUGGAACAAUUCAGCUAUGGUCCUUUGGCCGGAACGAGUUUCUUCUUUGGGAUGAGUUUACUAGAGCAGAAAACUACGAAAGAGGCGGUCCAGGAAGUGAAGGAUAAAUUUCCGGAUACGUAUAAGGUUGGAGUCUGCGUUUGGCCAAUCAUUCAAACGAUCAACUUCACACUGAUAGCCGAACACAACCGGGUUCCAUUCGUGAGCAUUUGCAGUUUACUUUGGACAACAUUCCUGGCUUAUAUGAAGCAAAGACCCGAGCACAGCUCGGAAGACGACAUCGUUGCGGAUGGAGUGACAAUGGGAUCCCCAAAAACGAUAGAAAUUGAAGUGCAACGAAAGCUGGCAGCACUCUAAUCUUUGCUAGAAGGAUUCAAAUGUGGACGUGUUUAACCAAAGAGUGAAGUGUAUUUAUUGUAGAACAAAUUGUAUUUAAAGGCAUUCUGUAAGGAAAUCAGACUAGUGAAAUUUAUAUUUGAUUUGUUAAGUGUUUAAUGUAGAAUUGCUGACAAUAAAUAGCAGCCCAACCUAGA